GCAAAAUCGCAUUAUUCGCCUUUUGAGUAACAUUAUUGCCGAGAAGUGAGCGUUUCUGAGGGUCUCGCACUUUCUCUCUCCUUCUCUUUUUCGAACCCGUAUACUACCUUUUCCUUUAUUACAACAAUGUUGGAAUCUCUGGUUUCGACAUUGUUAAAUAGAGUGCUUGGAGCAUAUGUGUCGAAUCUAAACUACAAUCAGUUACAGAUCGGCAUAUGGUCAGGCGAAGUGGUUCUACGCAAUUUAAAGCUAAAACGUGAAGCUCUCGACAAGCUGGAUCUUCCUGUCGACGUCUUGGAAGGGCACCUUGGCGAAUUAACACUGAAUAUACCAUGGUCGAAUCUUAAAGGCAAACCGGUCAUGGUUUACAUUAAAGACGUUUAUGUUCUCGCUGGACCACGCAGUGAAUCGACGAUGACCGCCGACGAACUUGACGAGCGACAAUACCAACAGAAAAUGCGUAAAGUGGCGAAUAGUGAGCUCGUGAAACCAAUAUCAGACGCCAAAAACGAAACGUUUGCUGAGCAGCUCACGACAAAGAUCUUGAACAACUUGCAGUUUUCAGUCACCAAUAUUCAUGUACGCUAUGAAGAUAAUGUCUCAGCACCACAACGAUUUGCGGCUGGUAUCACAUUAAGUGAGCUGUCGGCAAUCUCUACGGACGAAAAUUGGAUGCCACAGACGAUCGGCGAUGCUAUCAACACUAUCCAUAAGUUGGCUACUUUGGAAUCAUUAUCUAUCUAUUGGAAUACAAACACACGCUCGUUGGCAAAAAUGGAAGAAGAAGAGUCAAAUAGGAUAUUCAAGGAAUUGAUUGCAACAAAAGCACAUAUUCCUUCUGAACACCAGUAUAUCCUCAAACCAGUGUCUGGAACAGGACGGAUAAAAAUGAGCAAACAAUUUGCUGGUGAUGUCGCCAAAGUGGAUGCAACGCUAUUAUUUGAUGAAUUAUCCUUUGUUAUCGACGACGAGCAAUAUCGUGAUACCAUUUUGAUGGUGGACCUGUUCCAUUCUUACUUGAAGAAACAAAAGUAUCUCCAUCUUCAUCCUGGACACGGGGUUACGCCAAGAACGAAUCCAAAAAGAUACUUUCAAUUUGCUGCCAAUGCUGUAUUGUCCGAAAUCCACGACCGGAAUUAUCGUUGGACUUGGGAUCAUUUCAAGAAACGAAGGGAUGAUCGACUCGCGUAUAUUGACUGCUAUGUUGACAGCCAAUUGAAUCGAGCAUCACAGGAACAGUUGGAUAUGUUGGAUGAGCUUGAACACCGACUAUCUUAUGAGGAUAUACGGUUCUACCGUAGUAGAGCCAAGUCUCGGCUGAAGCGUGAAAUGGCAAUUCUUGCGGAAGAAGAGAAAAGACGUAAAGAAGCUGCUCAAGCUCAACAAGCGGCUACGGGUGGUUGGUUAGGUUCAUGGUGGUAUGGCGGGGCACCAGAUGAAGCAAGCGGCCAAGUGGCAAAUCAAGAUUUGGUUAUCACGGAUGAGCAAAAGCAAGAAUUCUAUGACGCCAUUGAAUAUGAUGAAGACAAGGCUGCUGCAAUAGAGGCUGUGGAUUUCGCAAAAGAUACUAUGAAGUUAUCACUUCGAACGACUUUGAACACAGGCUCGUUUACCAUCAAACGCAAUCCACACGCCGGACAACCCGCCGAGGUCAUUUCCCUCAUCUUUGACACAGUCAUACUUGGUGCAAUUCAAUAUGUGGAUUCUUUCAAGGCGUCAGCGGCAUUAGGUGAUUUGCGACUUUACGAUGGUGUAACGAGAAACACGCAAUAUCGACAGCUUAUUGGCGCAAAGGAGAAAGCAGAACAUGAAGAGAAGAGCGAAGGUGAUAAUGAUGCUAUCAAUGAAGAGAAAAGGAAAAGUCUUCGUCGACGAUCCAAUGUUGAUCCACAAUUACUCAAGUAUUCGUCGAUCCAAGAUCCAUUCUUUUCGGUGGUAUUCGAGCACAAGCCGCUUGAUGGUCGCGCCGAUAAUGGAGUCGCGUUAGUGAUGCGCAACAUUGAUAUUGUCUAUAAUCCUCUCAUUAUUCGCGAGGUGAUUGACUUUUUCACGCCACCAGAGACAAGUGCCGAUAGUAUCAAUGCUCUCAUAGAAGUUGCGGGAGACACGCUUGAAGAUAUCAAAAACCAAACGCGAGUCAAUCUGGAAUACGCUUUGGAGCAACAUACCACGCUUGAUCUCAAAGUUGAUAUGGAUGCACCUGUUAUUGUUAUCCCUGAAGACUGCACGGCUGUCAAGUCGCGCGGCAUCGUCAUUGAUGCGGGUCACAUUAAUGUCGAAAGCGAUCUAGCGCCACUCGAAGUCGUACAGCAAAUCAAAACCAAACGUGCCACUGAUUAUACGAGCGAUGACUAUGUACGACUACGAUCGCUCAUGUACGACAAAUUUGCGGUUCACCUGACACAAACUAAGAUUCUGAUCGGCGAAUCGGUCGAAACCUGCAUGGAUCAAGUCAGGAACCCGAAAAAAGAAAACAACUAUCUGCACCUUGUGGAUCGUAUUGACAUGACGUUCCUGGUGGAAAUGUGCAUCAUUCGAAACUCGACCGAUCUCACCAAUCUCAAAGUAUCGGGUCACUUGCCAUUGCUCGCUGUCAACUUUUCUGACAUCAAGUACCGGAUACUGAUGGAAAUCCCACGGUUGAUCGAAGCGUCGGGAAUUCUCAAUUACAAUCGGGAUCAGGAACAAGAAAACGAGGCAGAUGAAGGGGAUGACUACAAUAACCGACUGAUGCAUACUCGGUUGUGGGAGCAAGCUGAAAAGGAACUCGUGCUCGAUAGUGAAAGCGAUGAGGAAGGGAGCAGCACAUUGGUGUCGCACAGCACAGCAGCUUCCGGCAAGCGAGCCAAUGUGCACCAGCGGAUCUUUGAGUUGAAUUUCAGGGUGGAUCAAGCAUCUGCCAACAUUUUCCAGGCAUCCAACGAUGGUCGAGAAACGCUGCUGUGCGACCUGGUGCUCCGACACUUGUCUGUUGACUACCGUCUUCGUCCCUAUGACAUGCGUAUUGAGGUAUCGCUCAAGUCUCUUGAUGUGACAGAUCGUAUGAAACAUGGCAACGAGUUCAAAUACCUGGUCACAUCUGAUCAAGAAGUGCUUCACAAUGCAAGCCAAUCGGACGAUGCAAAGGAGCUUGUCCACGUAGACUACAUUCGGGUGGACAAGUCAAGUCCCGAGUAUUAUGACAAGUACAAGGGCAUGGAUCAGACAGCUACGGUUGCUCUCUCGACGCUCAACUUUAUUGUUACACGAAGCUCGGUCCUUACCCUGUACAACUUUGUGCUCAACACGUUUGUGGACCAUGAACUCAUCAUGGAUGCUCGAGCAGUACAGAACUCACCGCAACAACAAAAGAUUCAGCAGCAAAACAGCGACAGCCAUCAACGACAGCAACAGCAACAGCAACAACAAAGCAUACGUGUGACGCUUUUGCUCGAUAGUGUCAAUUUCAUUCUAAAUAACGACGGUGUCCGUCUCGCUACCGCUGAACUUUCUCAUGGAGACAUGACAACUGUUAUGGCUCACGGCACGACCCAGGUCGCCGCCAAGUUUGCCAAUUUUACGCUCACCGAUGACCUCAGUCCACCAGCGGAACCACAACAGCAAAAGUCGUACGACAGCCGUCAACUGCUGACGAUCCAAGGUGAAGAGCUAAUCGAUCUGCGAUUCGAAACGUUUGUCGAUGACGAAUACGACCAGUCACUUUAUAUCAAAAUGGGAUCGGCCCAAUUCACAUUUUUGGAGCAACCCGUGCGACAGCUGCUCGAAUUUCUAAGCAAAUUUGCAGCCAUGAAAUCCGUUUAUGACCGAGCACGGCAAGCAGCACUCGAAUCUGCGCAACAGUUUCAACAAUCUGCGGCCAAGACCCAUUUCGAUAUUGUGAUCCAGACGCCUGUUGUUCUGUUCCCCGAAAUGCAUGAGCAUCCGCUUGAUGUGGUUGUCGCUCACUUGGGUGAGAUCAAGACGUCCAACACGUUUAUGACGGAACAAGAUAUGUGCAUGAAUGUUAUCAAGGCUGAUGUGCGCGCCAUCAAUUUGACGUCUAAAUACUACCAUCCCGGUCGUAGCCCAGGCCAGAUCCACUUGCAGACCUUACCUAUUAUUGAUGAUAUCGAUCUCAGCUUUGAUAUCAAGAGUAUUCAUGAAGCGCUUUCGACACAAGCAGAGCCACGACCGGACAUUACCAUCUGCAGCUCCGUGACGGAUAUUCGCAUGCAUUUGACCGAUCGUCAGUAUACAUUCUUGAUGGAUGCAGCCAAUAUGUUUUCGCGCGUGUUUGGCGGUGGACCGGCAACUGAAGAAAGUUCAGAGACGCCUUCACCGCCACCUUUGCCGCGAAGGAAGGAAACGAGCCCAUCAUUACGCAAAUCUAUCACCUCACCGCCGCCGCCUUCUGUCCCUGACAAAGUAUCGACGACGGCAAAGCAAAAGCAAAAGGAGCAAAAGGCACAGCAACCUCGGCUAAAGAUGUCUCUUGCUUCUAAAACAAUUGGUUUAAACCUGUACAUGUCUGAUCCAACGAACACAGCCGACGCGUUGGCACUUGUUGGUUUAUCAGGCAUUGCUUUGAACGACACAACACUCCAAAUCUUGAUGCAAAAGGACGAUACCAUGUCUGUUGCACUCAAGAUCGUUUCCAUGACGAUAGACGAUACCCGUCCCAACAUCAAAAGCAAAUUCAAGCACAUUAUGCCAGUCACCGAAAAUGGCCAUCAAUUUGAGAUGCAACUCGAUAUUUCGGCACCCAACCCAACGCGCCAUGGCAUUGCCAUGAUCACGGUGGCGGAUCCAAAGGUGGUCCUUUCAUUGGACCACACAUUCUUGCUGUACAACUUUUUUAUGCGACCAUUCGAAGCACAUCGACGACGAAACCAGACACCACACGAAGCAGUAUCAUCGCCAUCGAAAAAGCAGCAACAAGCUCAAGAACAACAAGAAGAUGAAGAGGAACAAGGGAUGGAAAUCUAUUAUCGUAUCCAUAUUAACAAUCCAGAGUUCAUCUUGCUUGCCACUCCGGAUGAAACUGAUUCCGAAGCUGUGGUACUGUCAGCAGAACAGGUCAUGUUUUCACGACAAGCUGUGAUGGCACUUGUAGUGCGACAGGUCGGCAUGUUCUUGUGUCGUAUGGAUAUGCGUCAGACCUCGACGCUCAAGUUUAUUCAAACAUUUGACGUUUCCUUGUCAAUGAACAACAAUAGCGGUCAAACAGGACCAAUGACAGAACUGGAGAUUGAUGUGGAAGCGCUUGUGCUUCGUUUGUCGUCACGGGAUGCUAUGCUUAUUACUGGAAUUUUCAACAAGGCGUACGAGCUAUAUAGUGCUAGUGCAAGCAUUGUUGACCAACAAAUGCAGCAGAUUGUCAGUUCAGUCGGACAAUCUUUGAUGCAUGAAUCUUUACGAGCAUCUUUCCAAGGCUUACAGGUCAUUCUUAUUGAAGAAAUUCAUGAGAUGCCCAUGGUGGAUAUCAACAUCAAACCAUUCAGUGUCGAUGUAGCCAACUGGUCUCGAGCGCUUUCUGUCAAUGUGACGUUUUCAAUGUUUAUGAACUACUUUAACACCAAGAACUCUCACUGGGAACCAUUACUGGAACCUUGGAGUUUUGAUUUAAAGCUGGAUCGCAAGACUGUACAGGAUCCAUUACAUAUCAAGUUGAUCUCAAACCGAGCAUUAAAUGCCAACAUUACACACACGUUUUUGGAAAGUGCCGUGGCGACACUUAUGUUAUGGGACAAACAAAAGGAAGCAGCAUACAGUGGUGAGCGGGGUACUGUUGCACCUUAUCGAUUGCGCAACUGCACUGGUUAUCGUCUUCAUGUAUGGAACCGCGAUAGUCCUGAAAAGAUGGUGGUGAAAACGCUCGAUGAUGGUGCAGAUAUGCCAUGGUGGUUUGAAGAUUGGCGAGAGCGACGUGAGACAACCACAUCCACCAACAACAUGCUUAGUGUACAGCUUGAUGGUGCCUUGUGGGAAACCCUUCGCAAUGUACCAGUGGAUAUCCAAGGCGAGCAUACUUAUAGCUUACGUCCAAGAAUUAAUGACGUGCAGCAUCGAGUGGUUUUUGAUGUCAAACUUGUGAAUAAUCUCAAGGUGGUCACUAUUCGAUCUGCCAUGGUCAUCGAGAACCGAACGCUGUUGCCAGUUGAAGUUGGUCUCUUGGAUGACGCCGGCCAAAAAUUGGAUGGUCCUGUCAAAAAGAUUCCACCGGGAGAAGAUUAUGCACUUCCUAUUGAACGGGCCUAUCACAACCGAUUCUGCAUCAGGCCUGACGCUGGGUUCGGGUACACAUGGAUCGACCAUGCUCUUCACUGGAAAAAUUUCGCGAGCACUACGCACCCAGCACCCAAGACAAUUCAAUGCAAGGCACGCGAUGGUGAUAUGCCGCCAUUUAUCUUCCAGAUCCAUGCACGCCUUGCUAAGAAGGAUGUUUAUUACGGCCAAUAUCCUAACAUGAAGAUCCGGUUGAGCGCACCUAUCGAAGUUGAAAACUUGCUACCAUACGAUUUUAACUUUAGAAUAAUUGACAAAACUUCUGGACAAGAUUUCAGCUCAUUUUUGCGUAAAGGAGGAACUACGCCAUUGCAUGUUAUCGAGAAUGGGCAUUUACUACUGAUGAAUAUUCAUAUGCCCGAUAGUGAAUACAGCAGCAGUGAGUUUGCCAUCAUCAGCACAAGAGGCACAGAGGAUCUAAAUAUUGACGAUUCGUUGCAGCUCACAAGCAAGGAUAACGUUCGGUUGACCCUUCGAAUCAAUACAAUUGACAUGCCGGAUUCAGGCGGUGCCCGCAAAUAUGUCAUUUACUGUCCAUACGUGAUGAUGAACAAGUCUGGUUGUGCGAUCGCUUUCAAGCCAAAGGUAGCAUGGCAGAGCACGAUGUUCUCCGGUCCACAAGGUGCUAGUAUUUGGAAAAUGCUUAAUAAGCCGGAACCUUUCAUGUUCUCAUAUCCCAAGUUGGAAAAUAGCAAUCGAUCGCUGAUACAAGUAUCUGGAUCUGACUGGAGUGAGCCUUUGAGUUUAGAAGCAGUUGGUAGUGUUCAAGAUGUGACUUUACCCAAAGUCAACGGCACUGAGGAAGUUCACUUGGGAAUCAGCGUUCAAGAAGGUCAAGGAAAGUACAAGCUUACAAAGGUCAUUACAUUUACACCACGAUUUGUUCUCAGCAACCAAAUGGGUGACGAUGUACGGUAUCGGGAACCAGAGUCUCGCGUGGACCAUGAACUUGGAUCAAACCGGCGUAUACCCUUAUAUAACCUGAGAAAGAAUGCAGAAAAGCAACUUUCAAUCAAGCUUCCGGGUAUCAAUAACACUUGGUCUGCUCCAUUCAAUAUCCAAGAUAUUGGUACUGUUCAUGUGCGACUCGAAAGUGCAGAUGAAUCCACUUCUGUAUUAAUGCGUGUGACAACCAUUCUGGAGAAUGCCACGGUGUUUAUUAUACUUAACAGAGAAGCAUCGGACGCUUGGCCAUACCGUAUUGUCAAUCAGACAGACGAAGACAUGACCUUCUAUCAAGAGGAUCCGAUUGUCAUUCUUCGCGACGACUACACGGAAAAUCGAAUGCGCAAUCAUCGAACGCGGCGCUAUCGCUUACCUGCACACCAGACAGUGCCAUACUCAUGGGAUAUGCCAGCCGUCAAAGACAAGAAGCUCAUUCUUAACAUUGGCGGUCGUGAACGAAGCAUCAACAUGCAAGAAAUUGGCAGUCAACUUCCUUUCCGGCACGUGGGCCGCGACGGACGUCAGGCCAUUACUGCCAUAGAUAUCAAAACGAGCCAAUCCACACAAAUCCUCUACCUGACUCCGUACAACCAAUCACAAAGUUAUUUUAGACCAUUGACCUCGCAAGUAUCACUCGCAUCCGCAUCUUCCCAAGAAACACAAGAGACAGUCGCAAGAGAAGGGUUUGAAACGGUGGACGUCAAACCUGUCAUUCACUUUGUGGUUGAACUCAAAAUGUCCCAGUUUGGUAUCUCAAUGGUCAACAAACGCUUGCAAGAGAUUGCGUACGUUACGUUCCGUGGUCUUGAACUCAAGUUUACCGAGUCCAACAUGUACCAAUCUGUUCGCUGGAAUAUCAAGUGGGUUCAAAUUGACAACCAACUGUAUGAUGCUGUCUAUCCGAUCCUACUGUACCCAACCAAUGUUACGGCUGAGGGCAAGAAUGAAAUUUUGCCAACAUUCCAGCUUGGUUUGGAUCGAGUCAAGGAUAACUCACAUGGCGUAUUGUAUUUCAAGUACUUUUCGGUCCUGCUUCAAGAAAUGAGUGUCGAAUUGGAUUCCGAGUUCAUUUUCGCGGUCAUUGACUUUGUGGACCUAGGUGUAGAGGGUUGGAAUGAUACAGCUGAUGAUGCCAAACAAUGGGAGUUCAGUACCGACAUUCCAGACGUCACUCCUCAAGACAACAUUGCCCAACUCUACUUUGAGAUGCUGAAUAUUCAACCCAUCACUUUUGACUUGUCUUUUAUGCGCACAGACAAGUACGAUGAUCAGACAAGAUCACAGUUCUUUAUUGUCGAUGUAUUGACAAUGGCCAUUGGCAGUAUUCAGGCCGCACCACUACGAUUUAAUGCACUUGCUGUAGAGAACUUACGAGCAAGCGGACCUGAUCUCGCAAACCGAAUCUACAUUCACUAUAGCAACCAAUUUGUCAAUCAACUCCAUAUGAUGCUUGGCUCUGCAGAUAUUAUUGGCAAUCCGAUCGGCUUGUUUAACAACUUGAGUUCUGGUGUAGCCGAGCUAUACUACGAGUCAUGGCAAGGAUUCAUCUAUAGCGAUCGACCGCAGGAUCUGGGCAUUGGUAUUGCGAGGGGCUUCAGCGGGCUCCUCCGCAAGAGUGUAUUUGGUUUUACAGACAGCUUCUCCAAGUUUACGGCUAGUAUGGGCAAAGGCUUAUCAGCCGUAGCAAUGGAUCGCGAGUAUUUGGACCGUCGACGUAUGAACAUGACUCGUAACCGACCACGACACGCUUUUAUUGGUGUUGUACAAGGUGCCAAUUACUUUGCUAAUGGCCUGAUUAGUGGCGCGACCGGAUUAGUGACACAACCCAUCGCUGGUGCCCGAAAAGGUGGUGUUGGUGGUUUUGCUACGGGCAUGUACAAGGGUAUAUUAGGUGCUGUUGCGAAACCCGUUGGCGGCGUAUUCGAUAUGGCCAGUAAUGUCGGUCAAGGCAUUCGUAACUCCACAACACCAACAGAUACCAAUGAUAUUGUACGGAUCCGAUUUCCACGGUACAUUGGACCUGAUGGUAUCCUCAAGCCAUACUCUGUCCGUGAAGCACAAGGCCAAGUGUGGCUCAAGGAUGUGGAGCGGGGUCAAUAUUUUAACGAUGUAUACAUAGCACACUGCCCAGUGCAAAGCGGCGAUGAGCGUGUGGCCAUGCUUACAUCCAACCGAUUAAUGCUGAUUCGCACCAGUCGGUUAGCUGUGGAGUGGCAAGAACCCUUUACGGAAAUUCAGACUAUCAAAGCCGAGUCCACGGGUAUUGCAAUCUAUCUGCGCAGUAUGAGUUGGGAGCCAUUUUUGGUGAUUCCGGAUAAGACUGUCAGAGAAUGGUUCUUCAAACGGAUCGAGGAGGCAGUGCUCAAAUACAAUGCAAAGCGGCGUCCUAGCGUGUAAAUUUUCAUUUCUAAUUGACAUUUUAGUAUUUUAGUAUAUAAAGCACAUAAACACUAUUAUAAAUCAUAUUUCUUUCCUAUUUACUUUUU